AUGGCCAUCAAGCCGAAAGAUGCCGAGAUGGAUCCAGGUGAGAAGUGUGUCUUCCUGCUGAAGAAAUGCGUCAAGGUUCUGGAGAGUUAUGAGCCGAGAAAAACCACCGUGGAUGCUUUCAUGGAGGACUGUGCCUACCUAAAAGACAAGAAGAUUGGAGAGCAAGAGCUCAAAUUCAUUCACCAAGUCUUUUAUGGUUGCUGUCGAUAUCAGAAGUUUCUGAAAAUGUUUGUGACUAGCUUCAUGUACAAAUGUCCUGCUACAGCACUUCGGGCGGAGCAGACUCUCUACAUUGUGAUCGCCUACUUGCUCUUCUUCCGGCUGGAGGAGCUCACGGUGCCGCAGUUCCGGGAGUUCCUCUCGUGCGGCUACGGCACGCCGCCGGCGUUGCUGGCGCUGAUGCAGUACUCCUUAAGUGUGGAGGAGCUUGAGAAGUGGGUGAAGGUGGAGUGGUGUAAGAUCUAUGAUGUUGACUACAUCGAGCAGGAUGUGAUCGGCAAAUUGCAGAGCUUCAAAGACCAGCUGAAGUCGGUGGUGGAUGAGGUGGAAUACAAAGCCACCGGAACCAUCAAGGCGGCUGAUGGCACCUUCAUGGAGAAAGCUGAGAAGAAGCGAACGGCCGGUCUGCUCAGCAACGGUCUGCUGUUGCCGGAGUGCUGUUCUUCUUGA